ACUAAUUGAGCAUCUAAGCAAAAGAAAUGGGAAUAUUGUCAAUGAAAGCUUUCGGGUUUCUUGGUCUUGUAGUUGUAGGCCUCAUCUCUAUGGCUUCGGCUGAACCGGGAACUGCCACAUUCUACACAGAAUAUGUUCCAUCGGCAUGCUAUGGGUAUGAAGAUCAAGGAGUGAUGAUAGCAGCAGCCAGUCCUGAAAUAUUCAACAACCGUGCUGCAUGCGGAAGGAUGUACAAUGUUAGGUGCACAGGACCUACAAAUCAAGGUAUACCCCAGCCUUGCAAAGGCAAGACUGUCAAUGUGAAAAUUGUGGAUCUUUGUCCAGGAUGUAAAGGAAGGUCCCUUGAUCUCUCCAAGCAAGCCUUCUCUUGGAUUGCCAACCCUGACGCCGGAAGAAUUCGAAUCGAAUUCAAUCAAGUUUGAAGUUUCUGCAAGAAGAGAGAGGACAUGCAAGCUCCAAAGGCUUGAUAUAUAAUAAUAUGCUGCCUACUGAUAAAUAAAUGUUAUGGAAAUUAACUACGAUAUGUAAUUUCCAUAUUUAUGGUGAUGUUAUGUGUAUUGGCAUCAAUAUCCUUAUGGUUAUAUACAUAAAAAAAAAAAUAUCGUAAUUUACAUUUUU